ACCCGCAAUAUUCCUCUUAAAAUCGUGGAAUAUUAGGCCUAGCUUGGCUGUUGCCCCACAAUCUAAAUCUUUCUAUAUCCACGACAUACGGCCUCAAAAUGGGAGAACAGAUGCGAUUAAAAGGAACACUUAAAGGCCAUACUGGAUGGGUUGAGCAAAUAGCCACAACUCCAUUAACUCCCGAUCAAAUUUUGUCUUGCUCAAGAGAUAAAACUUUGAUUCUCUGGGAAUUGACAAGAGAUGAGAUGAAUUAUGGCUUCCCCAAACGAUGCUUGAAAGGACACAAUCACUUUGUGUCAGAUGUUGUCAUGUCUUCAGAUGGACAGUUUGCUCUGUCUGGUUCCUGGGAUAACACCCUUAGGCUGUGGGACCUAAACACAGGUAAAACUACAAGAAGAUUUGUUGGACAUACCAAAGAUGUCAUGAGUGUGGCAUUCUCUGCUGACAACAGACAAAUUGUUUCUGGAUCAAGGGACAAGACAAUCAAACUAUGGAACACCUUAGGAGUCUGCAAGUACACCAUCACUGAUGAUUCACACACCGAAUGGGUCUCUGCUGUACGAUUUUCGCCAAACACCUCAAACCCAAUUAUUGUGUCUGCUGGUUGGGACAAAGUUGUCAAAGUUUGGAACCUUACCAACUGCAAACUGAAGACCAACCACUAUGGACAUAAUGGAUACUUGAAUACAGUGACAGUCUCACCUGAUGGUUCCCUUUGUGCUUCUGGUGGAAAAGAUGGCCUUGCAAUGCUUUGGGAUCUCAAUGAUGGCAAGCACUUGUAUACCUUGGACAGUGGUGAUGCUAUCUCUGCACUGUGUUUCAGUCCUAACAGGUAUUGGCUCUGUGCUGCUACUGGGCCUAGCAUCAAGAUUUGGGAUUUGGAAUCAAAAUCUGUUGUUGACGAGCUGAAACUAGAGGUCAUCAGCAUGAGCUCAGGCAAAGACAAAGGCGCUGACUGCAAAUCUCUUGCUUGGUCAGCAGAUGGACAGACCCUGUUUGCUGGCUACACUGACAAUGUCAUUCGUGUAUGGCAGGUUCAAAAGAAUGUAUAAAACUCUCAACAAGCAUACCAAAAUGCAAUGAAUUAAGAAAAUUCUAAAAACAGAAAUAUUGUAAUAA